CAUCACUUGAACCACCAGCUUUCGGCGUGCAGCACGCCCUGUUGUUUCCAGUACUGGUACCUGGUGAUUCCAACAGAUUAUGAUCAUCCAGGCCGACUUGCCUGACCUUCGGCGUGGAAAACCCCAACAGUUUCCACCCGGCUCCGAGGUCUGCGCAGCUCCUUAAUUCGUUUAAGCAAGCUGUAAACAUUUGGGUAUGGGAGUUGCAGUGGCGUGUGUUCAAACCUAGAGCGGGUCGGUGUGGCGUGUGUUCAAACCUGGAGCGGGUCGGUGUGGGGAAAACCAGCAAGACUUCAAAAGUAAUCGAAAUUUUUCUCCAAUGGCACGAAAAUUAUUGCUCCGGCCGAUAACCUUUCCUUGUCCCCUGUUCCCGCCUUCCGCGCAUUUAACUCGGCGUCUCAAAGCUUCAGGCCGUAACAAAUGGACGAGACUGACUGACUCCCUUGAGCAGAAAUUCACCUCCCAUUUAGAGCAGCAUUCCCAAACUGCUCGACUCGUCGAAGGGGCGUAGGUACCUAAAGGUGCCCGAG